UCCCACCACCACCCACCUCCCUCCUCCUCCCCCUCCCCGUGCACACCACCUCACUGCCAAAUCCGUCGUAACCCUACACUAGCCACGACCCUCCCCUCCAUGACCGCAUCCUCCGCCUAGCGAGGAAGCCUCCUCCCAUGGGUUCCGCGUACGCCGCCGCCGCCACCGACGGGAAUAGACCGAUCGAGGGGGAAUGAGGUGCUGCGUCUGCCGAUCGUCGUCCGCCGGGUGCCGGGCCAUGGGCGUUGCGGGACGGGCGAACCCGACGUCGUCGCUGCGCAGCCGCCGCUGCCUCCGCAUGCGGCCGUCGUACGCCCCCUUCUCUGAGCCGUUCACUGAACGCCCGGCAUCCGCCGCACCGUCCUCCCCCGCGUCGCCUGUUGCGCCAGGAGCGUAGCGCUCGCGCGCCGACCCCCUGUCUUCUCCGGCGAUCUCGCUGGUCCAUUUCUCUCCGCUCCCUCUCUCUCUCUCUCUCGCUCGUGGUGUUUGCUCAUAGAUUCGUCUGCUUGUUGGGCCUGAUCCGAAAUGGAGGUCUUUGGUGCUGGGGAUGAGGUGGUCGAUGCUGAGUACGCGGAGGUAGAUCCAACUGGGCGAUACAUGCGCUACAAUGUGGUUCUGGGGAGAGGAGCUUUCAAGACUGUUUACAAGGCAUUUGACGAGGUCGAAGGCAUUGAGGUUGCAUGGAAUCAAAUGAACAUUGAUGAGGUUAUGCAGUGUCCAGAUAACCUUGAUAGGCUCUACACGGAAGUUCAUCUUCUGAAGUCUCUCAAGCAUGGAAAUGUAAUGAAAUUUUAUUAUUCUUGGAUUGAUCACCAGAAUAAGACAAUUAAUGUUAUUACAGAGCUGUUCACGUCUGGAAGUCUCAGGCAUUAUUGUCAGAAACAUCCGCGUGUUAAUUUGAAGGGAAUUAAGAAUUGGGCAAGACAGAUUCUUCAUGGAUUGGACUACCUACACAGCCACCAACCUCCAAUUAUCCACAGAGACCUGAAGUGUGAUAAUAUUUUUGUUAAUGGGAACCAUGGAGAAGUUAAGAUUGGAGAUCUUGGACUAGCUACGGUGAUGCAAACACCUAAAGCGAGGAGUGUUAUUGGUACUCCAGAAUUCAUGGCACCUGAGCUAUAUGAUGAGAGUUACAAUGAACUUGUUGAUAUAUACUCAUUUGGAAUGUGCUUGUUGGAGAUCUUUACUCUUGAAUAUCCAUACAGUGAAUGCACAAAUCCGGCUCAGAUUUUUAAGAAAGUGUCUACAGGUGUCAAACCUGCUGCAUUUGCUAAAAUUGUUGAUCCUGAAGUAAAGCAGUUCAUUGAGAAAUGCUUAGUUCCUGCUUCUGAGAGGUUGUCUGCCAAAGUGCUCCUGCAAGACCCAUUUCUUUGUCCUGAUAAUUCAAAUGGUCCUGCUGGCACUAAAUUUCCAUUGCCAACACCCAAAGCAGUAGAUAUCUCUCUGGAGUCUUUGCACAUGGACGUCGACACUUGUGAAUCCAGCCCUGCUAGAGGCAAUGAAAAUGGUUUUGUUCCUGCACAUACACCAGUCCUGGAGUUCACGAGAAUUAACAAGAAUAAGGAGUUAAAGCUAAAGGGCGAAAAACUUGAUAACAAUUCAGUCUCGCUGGUUUUGCGAAUUGCUGAUUUGUCUGGUCAUGCAAGGAAUAUUCAUUUCCUCUUCUACUUGGAUUCUGAUACAGCUAUGUCUGUAGCUGCUGAAAUGGUUGAACAAUUGGAGUUUGCGGACUGUGAUGUUACUUUCAUUGCCGAUUUUAUCGACCUUUUGAUAGUGAAUCUUGUUCCUGGUUGGAGACCACUAAAUGAUGCAGCAGAGAAUUCAUUUAUGCAGUCUAAAAUGGGUGAAAGUGAGCUUGCAAUUACUUCCCACCAGAACCUAUCAGAAUUGAUGCCUAACUAUGUGUUAGUUGAUGGUACAAUGCAUCCAAAAGAUGGGAAUGCAUCAUCAAAUGAUUAUCUUGAUUCUGUCUCAAGUGCAACUAACCUAGGAGGAGCACAGGGCUCUGAAGGUUCGUUCAUUUCUGUGCAGCUUGCUGGGAGUUCUCAAAGUUUGAGCGACUAUGCGACCGAUGAUUAUGGUACUAUGGACUGUGGUGGGUACAAAGCUGGAAUUGAUAAGCUGGAGUGUAACCAUGUUUUAGGUGAUGGAUCAAGUCGAUCAAGUCCGAUUUUCCAUAUAGAUCAAGCGUCACCUGGCGUGGAGUUGGCCAGCAGUGGUUCAUCAAUUUUCACUGCUCAUAAUCAGGAUGUGCUGAAUGGGGAACUUGAUUUGAUUGAAGCUCAGUACAAACAUUUGGUUGAUGAGUUGACAAGGAUGCGAGAAGAGGCUAUGGAAGGAGCUCGGAAAAAGUGGUUACCAGAUAAAUGAUGUUUAAUUCAAAUUCGGUGUUUCAUCUGAACAUCGUAAGCAUGGAUGUUCAGAUUUCGUGUUCUACAAUUUUUUUCCCCAUACAAAUGUGAGAAACGUUUAUAAUCUCUAGUUGUAACGUUGCUGUAGUUUUCAAUGUUGCAAAGCUUGCUGAUAAUCAGUAUGUUUCUCUAUGAC